AUUGCUUCUUCUUUCUUUUUUCUUUAUUCUAAAGGAAAUUUUGUCAGUUAGCACCAAGAAUUAAAUAAAAUGUAUUCCUGCAGAACUAUCUCUAAGCUCUUCCUACCCUUACUCUCUUCACUCGUAGGCCUCUCUCUCUCUCUCUCUCUCCUUGUGUGUGUGUGUGUGUUGAUCUUCCUUGCUCAACUCAAGUACAAAGGUCCUCCUUUGCUGAUCAAUCAUUUUAAUGGCCUGCAACGAUACAAAAAUGAAAGGGCCCUUGCAAUCAGGAUCAGUAAAUCCUACAACUCAAACAACUAUGAUAGAUGCUCCUAGGAGAAGAAGAUCUUGGCUAAGAAAAAGUGCUUCAUUUGCUCAUUCUGUUUCUAUGGAGACAAUUGGCAGUGUUCCAACACCUGGGCAAAUAGAUCCAAAAUUAGUGCAAGUAGCCAUAUUUUUGGCUGUCUACUUGACAGUAGGAACUUUGUGCUUCUACCAACUGGGGCCCCAGAUGAAGGGAAAGAAAACAAGUGCAAUUGUUGACACUGUCUACUUCUGUAUUGUGACAAUGGCCACUGUUGGAUAUGGAGACCUUGUGCCUGAUAGUGUCCUUACAAAACUACUCGCCUGUGCUUUUGCCUUCACAGGAAUGGCUCUGGUUGGAGUAGUCAUGAGCAAAGCAGCAGACUACCUCAUAAAGAAGCAAGAAGAUUUGCUACUAAAAGCUUUAAAUAUGCAUCAAAAUGUUGGUCCAACUGAGAUCAGAAAAGAGGUUAGGACCAGGGAAGUCAGAUACAGGUGUUUGUUGGUCUUUAUGCUUCUUUUGGUGCUCAUAAUUGUUGGGACAACAUUCCUAGCCACUGUAGAGAAGUUGGACCUCGUUGAUGCAUUUUAUUGUGCUUGUGUUACCAUCACAACCCUGGGAUACGGAGAUCAGAGCUUCAAGACCAAAGGAGGGCGCAUUUUUGCAGUGUUUUGGAUACUCAUAAGUACUAUUACCUUGGCUCAGUUUUUUGUCUACGUUGCUGAGCUAAACACUGAAGCCAGGCAUUGGGAAUUGGCCAAGCGGGUUCUUAGUCGAAAGGUGACACAAGAAGACCUGGAGGCAGCAGAUCUUGAUAAUGAUAAUUCUUUACAGAGCGCUGAGCUCAUCCUACUUAAGCUCCGACAGAUGGGGAAGAUUAGCGAAGAUGAUAUUUCACUUGUAAAAUUAGCCACAAGGGAGGAGUUUGAACAUUGUGAUGUUGAUCAAUCAGGAACCUUGACUGCCUCUGAAAUAAUGCUCCAAUCAUCUCAAACAGACAAGUGACUUCAUCAAUGAGAAGUGGCUACUAAUCAGACUUCUACACUCUUUAAGUAUUACAAGAGCUACUUAAAUAUGUAACCUCAACUUCAUACUUAUAAAUCACUGCCA